AUGGCAGUUUGUGCUUCAUCUAAGUCUUUUAUUGCUGUUUUGGCUGUUGGUUUUCUUAUGUUCGCUAUUUUCUCGCCUUCUGUUGAGGGCCAGUCUCCUGCUCCUGCUCCUGCACCUACCAGCGAUGACCAGUCAAUGCAGCAUGCUGCAAUCGCGCUUGCCAACGUUUCUUGCGAAUGGGAAUCACACUCUUAA